AUGUCUGGGAACCAAAGCAACACAAAUGAAAGUCAUUGUAUCAUUGAUGACACUAGCUUAAUCUUCACUCUGGUUCCAGCCUACAUAUUGGUCAUCAGUGUGCUUGCACUCAUCUUUAAUAUAUCUGUACUGAUGGUUUUCUGCUUCCACAAGAAGGCCUGCACUGUGGCUGAGAUCUACUUGAGCAACCUGGCUGGUGUUGGUCUUCUUCCGGUGUACAGUUUGCCUUUCUGGGCUGAUUAUGUAACAAAUAAGUACAGCUGGCCUUUUGCUGAAGUCUUCUGUAAGCUGGUACCAGCUGUUAUCAACAUGAAUGCAUUCUGCAGCAUCUACUUCAUUGUUCUGGUUUGCAUAGAUCAUUAUUUGGCACUGGUGCACCCGCUGGCCCUUGAAAGGAUGAGUAGACCACUUAAUGCCAAACUGGGAUGCCUGGUUGUGUGGAGUCUUGGCUUGGCCUUUGCUCUCCCUACAUUCAUCUACAGAAAGUUAAGAUUUGAGCCUUGGUCAAAUGGUACAGUGUCAUGUGACCUUGACUACACAGACAAUGAAUUUCUGAUGUCUGAGAUGAGGACCAUAAUGUUCAGCUUUAUCAUUCCUAUUUCCAUUAUCUUCUUCUGCACUGUCAGGAUCAUUCAGGCUAUGAAUAAGAGGCUACCAGUAGGUUUAAACACUUGGAGAACAGAGCAGAAGACCACCACUCUCAUCCUGGUAGUUCUCCUGGCAUUCCUGAUCUGCUGGGUGCCAUUCCGUGUGAGCAGGAUACUGGUUGUGCUGGAACAUGUUGGUAUGCUGAGUUGUCACAUCAUACUGAUACUGUACCAAGAGGUCUCCGCAUACUUAGCUUUCUUCAACAGUGUCCUUAACCCCAUUCUCUACAUCAUUUUUGGGAAAAGAUUCCGGAAAAGAGCAAAGGAAUUCUUCAAGCAUUGA